UUUAAAAAAUAAAUAAAAAAGAUAAAAAUAACGUAUACAAAAAUAAAAAAAAAAACUGCACAAAAAUGAAUUGCGUUGCAAUACCUCCAACGGAAGAUAAACAUCCACCAAUCCAAAUAUUGCACAACGAACUCACGUUGACACCGAUCCAAUGUGGUGGCAAUAAAUCGCAAUCUUUGCAACGCGCCCAGACGACACAUCUUUACUGUCGUUCCCUGGAGAAGGAACGCGUCGAUAGACGUACGUCACGUGGCUUAACUUCGUGUCUGCGUGGCGAACGUGAUGAAUUUUUGGACUAUCGUGAUGUCGGUCCACAACAGCUACAAAUCGAGCCACCACUACCGUACAUGGAGUCAUCGCACAAUGGAAGCUUUAGCGGUAACGAAGCUGGUGGCAGGAGUGAGUACAAGUCGAAAACACUGCCUCGCAUACAUUUUGACAAUUCUGUCAACGAUACUUCUUUAAAUGAAGGUAAUAACAUAUUAAUGGCUUUCUUAAUCUAA